AUGGAGAACACAACUAUUUAUCAAGAGGAAAUCCAGCUUCUCAAACAGGAAUUAGAGGAAGAAAAGAGACGCCCAAAGAUUGGAAUCGGCAUAUGCUGUUAUAAUGAAGAUGGAAAAAUCCUAGUAGGUCGAAGAAUUAAUUCUAAAAUUGGAACUUGACAAUUCCCCGGUGGACAUCUUGAGUAUGGAGAGACCUUCGAAGAAUGAUCUGUGAGAGAGUUAGCAGAAGAAACUGGAAUUCAAACUGAGCCACAUCAAUAUAAAUAUAUUACAACUCUUAAUGUAAGAAAGCCAGAACACAAUUUUCAUAACGUUGGAAUAAUCAUGUCAGUUAAAGUAGACAAAGAUGUUGAAUUUCAAAACCUUGAACCCCAUAAAAAUGAAGGAUGGGAAUGGAUGGCCUGGGAAGAUUUUACAAAAAGAGACGACCUCUUUUGCCCAAUGUAUCUACUCUUUGAGCAAGGAUAUACAAAAAUUGAGCAAUUUUAUUAA